AUGGCAAAGCAGUACGACGUUUUGCUCAGGUUGCUGGUUUUAGGAGAUUCCGGGGUUGGGAAAACCUGUUUGUUGUGCAGGUUCACGGAUAAUGAAUUUAAUUCAUCGCAUAUCUCUACUAUUGGUAAGCUGCUGUUGAUUGCAAUCGUUUAGUUUGACGAUUUAUUUAUGCAAGUUUGCCGCCAACUAUGCGGAUCCCACAACAAGUGAUUGACAGCAAGUAAUUCUAUACGAAACGAUAGAAUGGACUUUUCUUGUAGAUUUAUCAUGCCUUCACCUAAAUCUUUGUUGAAGGACAUAUUUCUGAAACUGUACUAGCCAUAGGCCUAACUGUAUUAAAGGUUGUCUUUGUUAGUCCUAUAAACUUGAUAAACUGAGGAAAUGUUUCACAAACACGCUUUGAUCCCCAUCAGAGUGAGAAUGUACUACAAGCUUUGAUGAACCGGAUGAUUGUUUUCUCGGCAUCCAUGUUCAACAUGUAAUUUCCCCCACCCCCCAUGGCUAUGGACAUGUUUGUUUAGAAACUCCAGCCGAUUUUGACCCUAUGUCGGAGGUAAUCUGAUACAAAAUGUCCACAGGGAAGUGUUAUCAAACUGACAUUCAGUAUUCUUGUCAGUAUAUCAUUUGUAUUUCCGUUUUUUAUUUUCAAUACAUUUACAUUUUGUAAUUUAGCAGACGCUCUUAUUCAGAGCGAUUUACAGUUAGUGAGUGCAUACAUGUUAUUUUUAUUUUUUUUAUUCUGGCCCCCGGUGGGAAUCGAACCCACAACCCUGGCGUUGCAAACGCCAUGCUCUACCAACUGAGCUACACAGGGCUGAUGCAAUUCGCACGUGACAAACACUUUCACAAUAUGGCCAAGCCUAACCUAACAGCAAACACUUCCAGUUUAUUGCAAGGAGAAACGUGCUUCUGUCAACUACAUUCCGUUAGUGCGUUGUGCAUCACAUGCAAUGCUUCAACAGAUUGAAAACACAAGCAACAGAGCCUAGCAUUGCCGCAAAAAGCCGGGUAAACAACACUUUCCUGUGGAUACCAUAUCUCCACCUCCUACCGCCAAAAGGACCAACAGCAUGUACAAUAGUGAAGGGUCAUUCGCGAACGAACAUCUCUUUUUGAACAUCUCUUUUUUUUUUUUUACGUGCAUUUCAUGAUCUGACAAUGGUAGACUACUUUUUGGGCCUUACAUGAGGAUAUUUGAAAGUUUCCUUGGUUCUAUAUAUAGAUUCUUAAGCAUUUUGAAUGAGCCGGCUCAACGAAAAGACUCGGAAUUCCCAUCACUAAUGUACAACCGGUAAAGUAAGUGUAAAUAUAAUUUUAUUCAACAUUCUGCCUUCUUCUGCAAUACUGAUCACAUACAUUAUCAUUUAGCCUAUUAUGGAUAGAUGUUUUUUUUUAGAAAGGAAAUACGCCUCUCUUUGGCAGAGCACAAUGGAGCUGCAGGGUCUGUAAUAGCCCUUGAUAAUGACUCUGUUCCGUUAUUGGGAUAGGUCUGUAAUUCCAUAGAAAGCCUCUCUAAGCCUGAUGGUUAUUUUACUGGAAAGGGAGUUCUUUCUUGUUGAACAGGAAGUGGCAGGGUUGGGGAAAAUGUAUCUUAUGCAUUCCCUCUGAUUGGUUCUCCAUUAAGCCACCACUUUGUUUUGGUUUCAUACAAAGUAGAGGUGUAGACAGACAAUGUGUGACUCACAUUAAAAUGACGCCCUCAAGACUGAAGCAUUUCCCCCCCUAAUUAUGUGGCCAAUGUCUAAUGAUUUUUACAAAGGUUAUAUGCAGCAGAAAAAGUACUUAUUGGCCAGAUUGACUUCCGUUUCCAUGGGUCAUCAGCAGUCAUUGCACCCUCUUAUUUAUAAACAUGGUGGUGAUCCUGCAGUAUGACUGACUGAUUGACUGGCUCAAAUAUUCUGAAAAGCUCAGGGCAGGGGUUCUGUUGGAAAAGUAUCAGUCUGCAGGAAAGUCUACAUACUAUACACACACACACUAAUACACAUGUCUUGAGGUUGUUUAUCUAACCCUGUAACUUUCUUCCUACUGUUUGUUCAACUUAAACAAAACAGUAUGUGACUAGAAGGAAUGGGGAAGGUUUUGACUCACUUUGCAACUAGCUCUACUGGUGAGUUUAAUCUCUGUGAAGCAAGGUAAUAAAAGCUGCUGCUGAUCUACAAAAAAACGAUUGUAUUCGAUUACAAGUGUUAUUGAGGGGGAGAGGUACGCUACAGUAUCAUGCAGAACAGAAUCCGAGCAAGGCACCUGAUCUCUCCCCCGUGACUAUCAGCCUAGAUUCUAGUUUGCUUAAUUCCUUAUUAUUCUUCAGUCCUGAACCCCCAACCCUCAGUUCCUGGAAUACAGUGUAAACCUGCUAAAUUAGCUCAUUAAAGAUUUGACUGGGUUCACUGACGAUGAAUGUAAUGUCAGACCUAUUGAACACAUGAUUAGCCUAUAACACUGGCAAGGCAGACACCACACACACACAGGCAAAGGUAGUGAAGCAUGUACAGCAUGUCAAAUUUGAAUGUGCUCUCUCUCUCCCAUGUGUCAGUGUUGGGGCAAUAAUUGGGAAGGCUGCCUCCACUAUUAGAGAUGGCAUUUGUUAAUCAAGUCCAACAGACAGAACAGUUUCAAACAUCACUAGAAGCACAGUUUGGAUUCACCAAGAACAUUGUGCCUUCAGAAAGUAUUCACACCCCUUGACUUUCACAUUUUGUUGUGUUAUAGCCUGAAUAGAAAAUAGAUUAAAUUGAGAUUUUGUGUCACUGGACUACACACAAUACCCCAUAAUGUCAAAGUGGAAUUAUGAUUUUAGACAUUUUUAUAAAUUAAUGAAAAGUUGAAAUAUCUUGAGUCAAUAAGUAUUCAACCCCUUAAUGACAAGCCUAAAUAAGUUCAGGAGUAAAAAUGUGCUUAAGUCACAUAAAUUGCAUGGACUCUGUGUGCAAUAAUAGUGUUUAACAUGAUUUUUGAAUGACUACCUCAUCUCUGUACUCCACACAAUUAUUUGUAAUGUCCCUCAGUCGAGCAGUGAAUUUCAAACACAGAUUCAGCCACAAGGACCAGGGAGGUUUUCCAAUGCCUCGCAAAGAAGGGCACCUAUUGUUAGAUGGGUAAAAAAAGCAGACAUUGAAUAUCCCUUUUGAGCAUGGUGAAGUUAUUAAUUACACUUUGGAUGGUGUAACAAUACACCCAGUCACUACAAAGAUACAGGCAUCCUUCCUAACUCAGUUGCGGGAGAGGAAGGAAACUGCUCAGGGAUUUCACCAUGAGACCAAUGGUGACCUUAAACAGUUACAGAGUUUGAUGGCUGUGAUAGGAGAAAACUCAGGAUGGAUUGUGCUGGGGACAAAAGGCAACUCUAAAAUGUGCCGUUUUGUCACACGACACUGCCAUAGCAGCGUGCAAUUGGCAUGCUGACUGCAGGAAUGCCCAACAGAGCUGUUGCCAGAGAAUUGAAUGUUCAUUUCUCUACCAUAAACCGCUUCCAACGUAAUUUUAGAGAAUUUGGCAGUAUGUCCAACCAGCCUCGCAACUGCAGACCACGUGUAACCACGCCAGCCCAGGACCUCCACAUCUGGUUUCUUCACCUGCGAGAUCAUCUGAGACCAGCCACCUGGACAGCUGAUGAAACUGAAAAGUAUUUCUGUCUGUAAUAAAGCACUUUUGUGGGGAAAAACUCAUUCUGAGUGGCUGGGCCUGGUUCCCAAGUGGGUGGACCUAUGCCCAUCCAUGGCUGCGCCCCUGCCCAGUCAUGUGAAAUCCAUAUAUUAGGGUCUAAUGAAUUGAUUUCAAUUGACUGAUUUCCUUAUAUGAACUGUAACGCAGUAAAAUCGUUAAUUGUUGCAUGUUGCGUUUUAUAUUUUUGUUCAUUAUAAAUGAGAUUUCAUUUUCAAUAGAUUUGCAAACAUAUUGUGUGUAGAUGGGUGAGAUUUGUAAUUUAUUUAAUCAAUUUUGAAUUCAGGCUGUAACAACAAAAUAUGCGAAAAGUCAAGGGGUAUGAAUACUUUCUCAAGGCACUAUACGAUGCCAAUCCGUUGCCUGAAGCAUAUCCUGGUGUGAAGUGUUUGUAUCAGCUCUGUGUUGUUUACUGUGUUUGUCGGCUGGUGUUGUUGUUAAGCUAAGUGAUGGUAAUGUUGCAAGCAGCUGACCUUUUGCACCUGACUAUUUGAUGGGUUUUUACGCUUCUUCAACUGUGAAGCUUUCACACACACACCACUGACAUCUAAAUUGAUAUAUUUUUCAUGCAGAAGUCGAUAGACAACCCAAGUCACGUCUUCCUUGGCCCUGCAGGAAUACACUGUAGUAAAUAACAACUGAAUUCCUUUUAGCAAGAUGACAUGCUUUAAAGGUUACCUCUAAAGACUGAUUGAAAGGACAUUCAACUGGGAUAAGUGGGUAUCUAAGCAACCCAGUCCUCAUCAGUGUCCACUUCAAGUAUGUGUCACUUUUACCAUUAGCCCAGAGUUACGAAUAUUACCCUACUUAUUGAAUAGUACAGGCUGUUUUGAUGAGUAAAAAACAAAAAAUUGCCAGCCAAUGAGAUGAUGUCCAACUUUUUUCUAUUCAUUUAUUUAUGCAGAGACACUUUUUUUAAUUGUUAUGCACCAAUAGGAUAUAUUGAGAUUAGGCUACACUCUUUGAGGCUUCGGUAAAACUCCAAUCCUGCAAUGGAAAAAUGAAGAAUAAAGAAACAUGAAAGCACAAGCUCAAAAGAUACAUGUUAGUAAGGAAAACAGGAGGGAGAUAAAGAAUCCAACUAUAGGGAGACAGAGAAGAUGGAUAUAAAAUGCAGGCAAGAGUAAUACAUGUUUGUUUGUAAAACAUAUAUAUAUUUUUUUUUGUAGGAGUGGAUUUCAAAAUGAAAACAUUACAAGUAGAUGGCAUUAAAGUACGAGUACAGAUAUGGUGAGUGAAAAGAUCUUACAGACAAUGACUUACCCUAAUACAGUAGUUAUUGACACACCUAUCACGUUAAUUUUACAUUCUGUAAGACAGUGUUUGAAAUAAGCUUUACCUGUUGAUUUGAUUAAGAUGAUAAAUAUUCUGAAAUGUGGUCACAUCACCAUGUAAAACUGAGGAUUGCUUUUGUCUGUGUGCAGGGAUACUGCUGGCCAGGAACGAUACCAGACCAUCACCAAACAGUACUACAGACGGGCACAGGUGGGUUCUCUAUAUACCAAUAAUCCCUGUUCAGGAAUGAAGAUAUGUACCAGUUAAAAACAGUUUACUGUGCCUAGUUCCAUGCUCACCCUCAGUCAUGUGCUCACAAUCUGUCAUGAUGGUCCCUCCCCUCUUGAUCUUUCACCAGGGAAUUAUCCUGGUGUAUGACAUCACAAGUUCCAGCUCCUUUCAGCACAUUUUGAAGUGGGCUAGCGAUGUGGAUGAGGUAAGGCUAACACCUACUGAUAAAACACAGCCCUCUCCAUUCACUGUGUCAUUAUUUUUGUCCCCCCUUCUCCUUUUCUCAGGUUCUCUGUGUUUGACUGACCCAGUAUUUACAUCCUCUCUUAUUGAAUUGUUGGUGCCCAGUCGUCUAUUUCUCAACCCUGUCAAACUAUGUUUCAGUUCGCCCCUGACAAGGUGCAGAGGAUCCUGGUGGGGAACAAGGCUGAUGAGGAGCAGAUGAGGAAAGUUCCUAAAGAACAAGGAAACAAGGUUGGCCUUUAUCGCACUGUUUUACUCAGCCAUAACAACGGUUUUCUUCCAUACACAGUUGAACAUUUUCCAUUCUUAAUGAACUCCUGUGUGUUACAGCUAGCAAAAACCUAUGGAAUGGAAUUCUUUGAGACAAGUGCCUGCACCAACUGCAACAUAAAUGAGGUGAGUCAUAGGCCUUAUUGAGUCAAUACCUUGUAUACUGAACAAAAAUAUAAACUAAACAUGCAACAAUUCCAAUGAUGUUACUGCGUUACAGUUCAUAUAAGGAAAUCAGUCAAUUGAAAUGCAUUCAUUAGCCCUAAUUUAUGGAUUUCACAUGACUGGGCAGGGGUGCAGCCAUGGCUGUGCCUGGGAGGGCAUAGGCCCAACCACUUGGGAGCCAGGCCCACCCACUGGGGAGCCAGGCCCAGCCAAUCAGAAUGAGUUUUUCCCCACAAAAGGGCUUUUAUUAAAGACCAAAAUACUCCUCAGAUUCAUCAGCUGUCUGGGUGGCUGGUCUCAGAUGAUCCCACAGGUGAAGUACUCCUGAGUGGCGCAGUGGUCUAAGGCACUGCAUCGCAGUGCUAACUGUGCCACUAGAGAUCCUGGUUCGAAUCCAGGCUCUGUCGCAGCCGGCCGCGACCGGGAGACUCAUGGGCGGCGCACAAUUGGCCCAGCGUCGUCCAGGGUAGGGGAGGGAAUGGCCGGCAGGGAUGUAGCUCAGUUGAUAGAGCAUGGCGUUUGCAACGCCAGGGUUGUGGGUUCAAUUCCCACGGGGGGCCAGUAUAAAAAAAUAUGUAUUCACAGAGCGACUUACUUGAUAUGCCACAUCUGUCAGGUGGAUGAAUUAUCUUGGUAAGGUAAAGGAGAAAUGCUCACUAACAGGGAUGUAAACAAAUUUGUGCACAGAAUUUGAGAUAAAUAAGCUUUUUGUGCGUAUGGAUUUUAUUUUGGAUUUUUCUCUUCAGCUCAUGAAACAUGGGACCAACACUUUACGUGUUGCGUUUAUAUUUUCGUUCAGUAUAUGUACGCUAUGUUGGGUGAACAUGUGAGGCAAUUGUGAUCAUAUAUUUUCUUUACAUCUUCCAGUCGUUUAUCCGGUUGACACAGCUGGUUCUGCAGGCUCACAAGAAAGAGAUGGAUGCCUUCCAGGGUUCCACUAAUAAAUACCUAGACAUGACUUCUCUGUGGGGAGAGCAGGACAAACAGGACAGUGAUGCAAACUCCCAGAAGUCCUGCACAUGUUAGCAUAAGGGCAAAGCUCUCCACAUGGGGGUGUUUGUCUAGAAGAAUGCCCCUGGCCCUGUGACAUAAUGACAUUGAAAUGUGUAACUUAUGAAAUGUGAGAGUAUGUUCGGUGCUUACUGAAUAUUGCCCUUGCUGCUGCUCAGAUGAAUGCAUUAUCACUUUUUGGCCUACUCACUGUUCAGUUUUCAUCUUCAUGUAUAAUUUCAUAGUUACUUGGCUUUUUCAUGUUUAUUACCCUAUUCUGCAACACCUAAACUGAUGGCACGCUGAGUUAAGUAGUCCACAUGUAAUAAGAACAUUUGCCAGCAGAGGGGCUACUGUCUGCAAAACUCUGAAAGCUGCAACUCAGUUACUGGGUAUACUUAAGCCUUCUUCUGUAUAAUUUGUAUUGCCACAAUUUUACCCUUCAUAUCACAAACAACUUUGCUGUCUACUUGAAAUAACAAAACUUAUGCUUACAAAGUCAUUUGCUAAAAAUUAUGAAGUGUGGGACUAUAGUGAAAGAGAAUCUGAGGCUCUUGAGUGGUCCUUUAUGAGGUGAGACAAGGAUAGGGGAGACAGGGUGGGCAGAGGGCAAGGUUCAAUUAUUAAUAUGCAGAAAUAGAAUCCAAGCUAGCUGGAAGGGAUAAUUUACCUGUGGAAGAGUAACCAAUACUCAGACAAGCAUUAACGCAAAACCUCAAUCUAAAACUGAAAUUAUGUUCAACACCAUCUUUGAGUAACUUUGAGUAUGUUGUGUGAAUUUCAUUGCCAAUUCAAAGUAUUUUUCCAGGUUGAAAAGCUGUAGCAAAUGCCACACUGGUGCAUACACACAUACUAUUAUAAAGGUUAUUUAGGGUGCCACUGAUUGCUGACUGUUUUGACGUUUUUGAAUAGCUGUGCUAGCUAUAAGAUAAAAUAUGAUUUUUUUGUGUGUGGAAAAAUAACAAAAAUACUCAUUAAAAGUUCACGUUAACUUAUUGGCCAUCUUGUAGUUGCAUUUUGUGAGAUAUACUAGAGGGGAGUUGAGUGAAGCCUUGGUUCAUUGAGUUUAAAUAGAACUAGAAGAUCAAAUAGGACAGUCAUUCAUUUUUUAUCACAUACUGGGAAAGGCAGGUAAUGACUUGAUAAAUGGUUGAUGGUGAGAAACUGAUAUAUAGGCCCUUGAAUUAGCAUAAAGCUGAAUAUUGUGCCCAUAUCAUAAUACAUGGUUCCCUUCCUUCUCAUUAUUCUCACAGGAAAUAAGUCAUUUGUAAUGACAAACAACUGUAAAUAGCUACAAGCACAGUGCAUUUUACUGUACAUUAGAUCUCUGGUAAAUGUUUUGAUACCGUGGAAUACAUUUUUAACAGAUCAGAUUCACAGAUGAGUCUUAUCUGUAAAACCACUAGGCGUAUUUGUCCAUAAUACAAAAACUUGAAGGGGUGAAGAUAUGUAAUGGCAUGUUAAAUGCCUAAAUGUAAUUUGUAUGAAAUAUUAUAUUAAGUAAUCCUGUUUUGAUAUGAUGCUGUUUUAACAAACCAUGCAAGGAAUUAACCAUAGGUUUGAUAUAACAUGACCCCGUUCAUACCGAUGUGUGCAAGUUUACAAGCUGAAAUAUGAGCAUGUCUGUGUGUGAGAGUAUUCUAUGUCAGGUGGGUAUCAGUUUUCUGCAGAGUUAUUUGACACCCAGGUAAGGUAAGGCAGUAGCAUAUAUUUGAAGUCAGGUGACCUGUGGUGGGAUUAACACACAGACACACUGGUUGUCACCUCUGCCAGUGUGACCACAGUACAGGACCAUGACGUUCAUUGCUAAGACCUUCUAUGAUCUGAAGGCCACAAUGUGGCAUCGCUCUGAGGGACAACUACACAGGGCUAUAGCCAGCUCAACCUGCUCCAGAGCAAGUACCCUCAACUGCUAGUGGUCCUGGGCUUCCCCUGCAAUCAGUUUGGCUACCAGGUCAGUAUGCAACAUCUUGGCCUUUGGUUAUGUGGUUCAGUUAAAUCCAUAAAAACAAGCUAAUCUAGUAAAAUAUUCUGUUAACAGUAUCAGUUGAUUUGUUUAAUUAUGAAUGUCAGAUGAGAAUGUUAUGUGUUUUACAGGAGAACUGUUCAAAUGGGGAGAUCCUGAACUCCUUGAAGUAUGUGCGUCCAGGAGAUGGCUACCAGCCUGGCUUCACAGUCCUUUGAGAAGUGUGAUGUGAAUGUAACCAACAUCCACCCUGUCUUUGCCUAUUUGAAAGACAAACUUCCCUACCCUGAUGAUGAUCCAUCCACACACCCUCAUCCAGGAUCCCAAAUUCCUCAUUUGGAGUCCCAUCAGCAGGACAUCUCUUGGAAUUUUGAGAAAUGUCUGGUUGGGCCAGAGGGAGAGCCCUUUAAACGGUACAACAAAAAAUUUGAAACCAUCAACAUGGAGCCUGAAAGCCAAAGACUGUUGAGGCCAACCAAGACCUGA